AUGAAUGGAAAUGAAUCUGCAAGCGGCCAGGACCAUGAUAGCACCUGGGAUUUUGUCAUUGACAACAAUCCAAGUCCCGAGAGUUGUGCGUGGCGCAAUAGUGAUAGCUUCGAGAAUUUCUUCACCGAACCCCCAGUUGAAACUUCACCUUCAAACCCGGAUCAACAUUUCAGGGCAGAAACCGCGAGCAGUUCCCUAUUACUGGCGUAUCGUACAGACAAUGUCAAAAUAAGGGAGCUUGAGGAUACACUGCUAAGAUCAGUCGCUCUUCCGAAUAUCGACGCAUCGGCCGCAUUUUUUGAGGACCAGAAAGAGCGAUUCCAAGCCAGCGAAGAUAAAUCGCAGCAGAUAUCCAUGCAAACAGGAUGGACUGAAUUCGACUCUUCGCUCCAAGCUGAGCUUCUUCAGCUAUAUUUCCGCACGGUCCAUAUUCUCUGUCCAGUGGUGAACGAAUUCGAAUUCUAUCACAGAAACUAUACUCUUGCGAAAGGCAGGCAACGGACACCGCUUCAGGAGCUUCUCCUGCACGCGAUGCUUUUUGCCUCAUUCGCCCAUGUCAACCAGCUCCAGCUCUCAAAAAGCCCAUACAAGUCAGUCAUAGAAGGGCAGAAAGCCUUGUUCAACCACGUCAGUCGGUCGUAUACAACCGAAAGUGAGCGCCAACCAGGAAAUAUAGUUCUGAUCCAAACCGCCCUCAUACUCAGCCACUGGAGUCCUUACGACACGUCCAAAGACGUCAAUAAUUUUUGGGCCGAUCAAGCAAUCCAACAUGCGGCUAGCGGCAAAAAUUUCAACACUGGACGCCCACAUGACCGUGUGGUGUGGUGGUGCUGCUUGACAAGAAAUCGCAUGCUAGCUCUAGCUCUAAGACGUCCUCACAAACUGAAACAGCACGAACCAUGCGAUUUACCUGUGAUCACCGACUUUGGAAGUAGCGUACCUGGUCCAGAGUUUCGCCUGCUCCGAGAGUCGAAGAUGUACGCUGGAGAAAUCUUCAUUGCUCUUUGCAAAUUAUCCUUGAUAAUGAACAAAAUCGUCCUUCUCAGGCACAGUGUGUCACGCUGGGAUGAUUGGCGAACGAUGGGCGCCCAAUCUUCUGGCUUACGACUUGACGACCUGAUUGCCAUAGAUCGGGAGCUUCAAGACUGGCAUUCUGCAUUCGAACAUGCGACUUCACAAUUCGAUGGUUCGAAGCUCCCGAGACGUCUGAGAGUCUCGGUGCACGUCCUGAGCAUUAUCUCACAGUAA